UCCCCACCUAGCAGCCUAACUCCAUAUAAAUAAACCCUUUUCUGGAGUCUUCGUUUGCCUUAGCGUGAAGGAAUAGGCUGCCUGACUGACUCAAGAGACAUUUGUAUUGCACAGUUCAUCUCGCCCCCCACCGCCGCCCCAAAUCAACCAAGACUCUGUUCUCCUCUUCUCUCUUUCUCUCUCUCUCUCAACAAUGCUAUGGCUCCCUGUUACAUUCAAAAAAAAGCCCAAACAACCCAUAAUUACGUGAAAAGAUAUUCUAAUCUUUACGCUGGGUUUUAAGGGUCAUACAUUUGCCCAGAAAAUUUGUCGACAAGAAACAGCAGAGGAGGGAUUGUGGCUUGUGGGGGGUUGGGGGCAGGUCUCUUUUGUCUCAGUUUUUGCUUUUGUUUGGGUGUCCGGAAAUGGCUGCAGCAGAUGAUAAAAGAAGUGAUUUUUAUGCUGUUUUGGGGCUGAAGAAGGAAUGCAGUGCUGCAGAGCUCAAGAAUGCUUACAAGAAACUCGCACUGAAAUGGCAUCCAGAUCGUUGCUCGACAUCCGGGAAUCCGAAGCGCGUGGAGGAGGCCAAGAAGAAAUUUCAGGCAAUUCAAGAAGCCUAUUCUGUACUUUCGGACGCCAACAAAAGGUUUCUGUACGACGUAGGAGUUUACGACUGUGACGAUGAGGACGACGAAAAUGGAAUGGGAGACUUUCUCAACGAAAUGGCGGCCAUGAUGAGCCAAAACAAGUCCAAGGAAAAUCAGGAAGAGAGCUUUGAGGAAUUGCAAGAGCUGUUUGAGGAGAUGUUCCAAAGUGAUGUCGAGGCAUUUGCUUCCUGUUCUUCGCAAAGUACGACGCCUAAACCACCAUUUGCAUCGUGCAGUGGGACUUACAAUGCUAAAAACAAGAGAAAUUCCUCAGAAAUGAGCCCAAGUAGUUCUCAGGUGGAGGGUACUCAGUUCAAUGGAUUUUGUAUAGGGACAGGUGGAACAUCAGGGAGAAACCAGGAUGGGAAGAGGAACCGGGGCAAGAACGCGGGGAAGUAUUGGAGGCAGUAGGAGAAACGGCAGGAAGCAGAAAGUUUGUUUUGGUGAUGACGUCUCCUUCAAUAAGUAUCCUAGUAAUUUCUUCUAGAUGUUGACGAUAAUUUCACCUAAUGCUGGAUUUGGUUCAAAGUUUGUGCAUGAUUUUUACAGCUGGAUUUAUGACCACAUGAAUGGAAGAGCCUUUUUGUUGGCUCACGAUCGAAAAAGACACACAGAAUAUUGGCCUAGGAGCGUAAGAUUAUAGGCAUUUAAUAGCAGGAGAGGUGUGGAAAUUCGAAAGUUUCAUCCCACACUCGAGAGCUGAGGCAGGACUCAAUAAGUGUUUCAGUUUUCAUCCGGUGAUGGUGGGACAAGAAAGUUGUAGCCUUGUAAUAAUGCUCUAAUUCCGGAUGGGUAGUACUUAGCUGGUAUUUGUAUUCCUUCAUAACGAGGCGGCAGAUGAGUCACUUCACUGCCUAUGUAGGCCACACGGGCAUUGGCUUUUUUCAUUGGAAAACCUGUGAAAAAUCGGUGAUCCUCCCCAUUUUUCAGUAUUCUUUCGAUCAAUCCCCCGUGAUUCAGUUCAGGUUUGUGGCGUUGAAGAGUUUCACAGAGCGGGCGUCGGGUGCGGCGGUGUCUAGGAUUCCGAUGUCAUGGUAGGGGUGGCCUUCAAUUUCUAUUUUCAAGCAUUCAGCAUUGCAAAAAAAAAAAAAAAAAAAAUUGAAAU